UGUAUUUGUGUGCGUGAACUGGUGUUGCACAGAAAUGGGGAAAAAGUAUGAAAGCUGUUUUUAUCAUAUCUUGGCAACCGUAAGCUGAAAGGUAAAACGGGUCGCUUUUACUCUAAAGACAUUUUAGUAUUAACCGGAUCCCGUCGCUCACCGUGUGCCUGCGGUGUGAUGGUCAUGGUGUUAAUGAUGGAAUCGCAAUGUGAAUACUUUAUGUAUUUCCCCGCCGUUCCCAUCUCGGACCUGUCGGACCCGGCUAGAUAUCGCAUACUUCCCCGUCGUAGCCACCUCUAUCUCGGGGAAACCGUGCGCUUUCUUUUGGUGUUGCGCUCUCAGAACGUCGCAUCCUGCACUGCGGCGGCUGAUGCGAGCGGGUCGGAGCAUCACUCCAGUCGCUCUUGGAGGGAGCUGGCCAGAUCUCUCUGCGCCGUGGCCAGCGUUUGCCCCGGCGAUAACCGACAGCGGACACAGCCUUUGUAUCACGACUACCACAGCAGCGGGGACGAGUGUGUGGAGGAUACGGACGAUGAUGAUGCUGCGGAGGUGGGCUGCACAGGUAGAGGGGGCCCUCGCUGCCGGGGCUUCCGGGAUUGCAAGCCGCUUCUCAUUCAUAACAACCCGGGCAACGGCGUGAGGGAAUUCCGCAAGGCUCCCGUGCAGUCUCCUUUGGAUGAGCCGGUGGUUUUAACCGAUGAGGUCAUUUUCCCUCUUACUGUGUCCCUGGAUAAGCUCCCUGUCAACACUCUUAAAGUAAAGAUUAUAGUGACUGUGUGGAAGCAAGAAGAGGAGAAAGCUGAGAUCCAAGAACAUGGCUACCUCACCAUCCUGCAACAGAAGAGCCCCUGCCAAACAUUUCGCCAGGACCUGAACACCUUCAAAGCUCAGGUCAGCACCACGCUCAAUGUGCUGCCUCCCCCCACAGUGAAGUGUCAGCAAAUGACUGUUUCAGGCAGACACUUAACUGUGCUCAAAGUGUUAAACGGGAGUUCUCAGGAGGAAGUGAGUGUCCGUGACGUCAAGAUACUUCCCAACUUCAACGCCUCUUACUUACCAAUGAUGCCAGAUGGUUCUGUGCUGCUGGUGGACAAUGUCUGUCAUCAGUCAGGAGAAGUUGCCAUGGCAUCAUUCUAUAGGAUGGACAGCGAGUCUAGCCAUCUUCCCAGCACGCUCAGCGCUCUAGAAGAGCAAAACUUUCUUUUCCAACUGCAGCUCAGCAACCAGCCACAAGAUGAUUCAAAUGAGGGACUGGAGGUGCCAUUGGUAGCGGUUUUACAGUGGUCCACUCCUAAACUGCCCUUUACCAAUUCCAUCUACACUCACUAUAGUCUCCCCAGCGUGAGACUGGACCGGCCUCGCUUUAUCAUGACUGCAAGCUGUCCCAGUGCCGUCAAGGCCCGCGAGCAUUUCCGGGUCCGGUACACCCUCCUCAACAACCUGCAGGACUUUUUGGCUGUCCGACUAGUCUGGACACCUGAAGCUCGUGGGCAGAAAGAUGACCCAGCAGUAAAUGCAGUGGUGUGUCAUUCUCCUCUCAGUAACCUCGGUUAUUGUCGGAAAGGCAGUACCCUCUCCAUCAGCGUGGCUUUCCAGAUACUCAGAGCAGGUCUUUUUGAGUUAAGUCAGCACAUGAAGCUGAAACUGCAGUUCACAGCAUCCGUCUCCAACCCUCCUCCUGAUGCCCGUCCUUUGUCUCGCAAGAACAGCCCGUCCAGCCCAUCGGUCAGAGACAUUCUGGAUCGACAUCAGGCCAGUCUAAGUCUAGGCCGCUCUCAGUCCUUCUCGCACCAGCAACCGUCCAAGUUCCACCUCACUAGGACUGGCAGUGUUAUGGAGCGCAGGGCCAUAACCCCUCCCGUGGGCUCUCCUGUCGGUCGACCGUUGUACCUCCCGCCAGACCGGAACAUUCUGUCUCUCGACAAAAUUGCCAAGCGUGAGUGCAAGGUGCUGGUACUUGAUCCCCACACCUAAAUCCCCACACAAAUAUGCAUAGAGAGAGGCAGAGGUGGUAUUCUUGAACGUUGUCAUGAAGUAGUGGUUUGUCACGUAAUAUGAUUUUGUGUUGUGUAUCUUUUUACUUGCAUUAUUUGUUUACAUGCUGUAACGUGGUUCUUUUAAAGAUUUCAAUGCAAAAUAUCUGCAGCUAUACUGUUUUUGACAUUCUUUUCUGAAAGAAUGACUGAAGACACAUGUCACAGGGGUAAUGUAGGAAAUUACACUGAAGUUAGAUUUUGAAACUUUUACUUGUAAAAAAGUUUUAACCUUUUCUGCAUUCAAGUUAAAAUGAUUCUGAUGCCGUUUUGAAAGGGGAGAGAAAAAUGCUUGGUCACACACUAUUGUGUUUCUGUCAUGUUUUGCAACCUAGUAUUGGAUGAAUGUCCUUAAACAAAUAAUUAUUGGAAUGCCAGCAUUUCCCCACCCAUAUUUGAUCUUCUUUUGCAUUCCGAUAAUUAUUUGCUUUACUUGUGAACAUGCUUUUAUUGUUUUUCCUAAUUACUUGAAUGGUGGUUUGCAAUGUUGUGUCUAUGAGCGGCCUACAUUUACUCUGGAAUUGUUUUGAACAAUCCAUGUAUGCUGUUUUGCGUUAGUUCACAUUUCUUCGCUUGUUUUGUUAAAUUCUGUGCACAUAGGAGCCAUUUCGACUGCUGUUUUAAGUCAUUCCAAUAGGUCUCCUGUCUAACGCAAACCACAGCUUUCCAAUAUUCACACAUCCUUACUCAUUAGUUACACAUAACUUAUUUCAUAUUUAUUGUAUAUAAAUUAUUUUACCGAUGGUCUACACAUUACAGUUUUUAAAUGAUAACCACACACAAACUUUCAAUGCCUUAUAGCAGGCAAAUGAAGUCAGUUGUAUUUUCCAAAGGUGGAGCUUGUGUUAUUUGCACAUGCCAUUUGAUUUAUGCUCAUCUUUUUUAAUGACUUGGUAAUAUAAUGCACACAUCACAUUCGAUGAUGGCUUAAAGGGAUAGUCCACCUAAAAAGAAAAAUUCUGUCAUGAAUAACUCAUGCACAAGUUGUUCCAAACCUGUACAUUUCUUUGUUCUGUGGAACACAAAUAUUAAUAUUUGUAUGAAUGUUAGCAACUGAGAUUUCUGGGGCACCAUUGACUACCGUAGUACAAAAAUAUUGUUGUAUUUUUUUGUUUGUUCUGAUAAACACAAAAGAAGAUAUUUGGAAGAAUAUGGGAAAACAAACAUCUCUGGGGCACCUUUGACUACCAUUUUUAACUUCUCCAUAAAUCUCAGUUGCUAACAUUCAUACAAAUAUCUUUCUUUGUCAAAACCCAAAAAAUGUAUACAGGUUUGGAAACAACUUGAGGGUGAGAAUUUCAAGACUGAUUUUUUAUUUUUGGGUGGAGCAUCCAAAAUUUGGGAUGUACUGUAUACGGCUUCAGUGCCAUGUGAUUACAGUGCAAUGCUGCCCACUCAAGUACUAUUGAUUUCUGUUCAUUCACAUUGAACAUCAAUAUUUUACAGAGAGCUGUAAUCUACAAGUCCUUUGCUUAUACUGAUAACCAAUAAUCAGCCGACAUAGACCAUUACAAUGUUUACAUAUCUGUGCACACUUGCAGAGAGUGUUUUUGCUCUGACCAUUCACUACUGAAUAGUCCUCUGCACUGAAUCUUGCACAGGGUUAAUCUUGAAAUUCGUAUUUAAAGGAAUAGUUUAUUCUAAACUAAAAAUGCUGUAAAUAUUUACUCACCCCGUGUAGAACACAAAAUGAGAAAUGUUCUGGAAUUUUCACACAUUUUCAGUUUUAAGCAGGAUUAUCAGCAAACAGUGAAGGCUUGAGACAUAUUGUGAAAUGUUGUUAUUUGUCCUCUAUGAAGCUUAAGGGGAUAUUUCAGAGGCAAAACAAAAUUUCCCUAUGUUUACUCACCCUCAAGGCAUCCUUGAAUAAGACUUUCUUCUUGAAGAAUAAUGUAGUCAGAUGUAUAAAAGCUACCACGUAUCAUUUUUCUUCCAAUCGGCAGAAUGGGAGUGAAGGGGGGAACUUUUUGGAAGUUCCAAAAAGUGCAUCCAUCGAUCAAAGAAUUUGCUCGACACGGCUCCGUCACUGUCAUUUGUCGGAAAAAUAAGCCUCUGGUUUAUGCACAGCAGUGGGAUAACGGAAGCUAGACAUUAUCGUUAUUAGCGUUGUCAAAAUGGAUAUUUCUCUCAAACUCCAUUCUACCGAUUGGAAGAAAAUUGAUACGUGGUAUUAUAACUCUGACUGCAUUGUUCUUCACGUAGAAAGUCAAAUUCAGUCAGGAUGCUUUGAGGGUGAGUAGAUGGGGAAAUUUCAUUCUGCCUCUGAAAUAUCCCUUUAAUAGACAGUCACCAUUGUUGUGACUAUUUUGUUUUCACCAGGAAAAAUUCCAGGAUCACCCUCGAUAUACAAAUCUGUAUAUCUUUGUAGUGAUAAACACAGAGAACGAUAUUUGGAAGAAUGCUUGUAACCAAACAGUUUUUGGCCUCCAUUGACUACCAUAGUCGGAAAAAUUACAAUGGUAGUCAUAAGUGUCUCAGAACUGUUUUGCUUUCCUAUUUUCCUAUCUUCUUUUGUGUUUAACAGAACAAAGAAAUUUAUAAAGCUCAUUUUCUUACUAUGGUAAUCAAUGGUGGCCAAGAGCUGUUUGAUUAUAAGCAUUAUUUCAAAUAUCUUGCUCUCUGUUGAUCAGUACAAAUAAGGUCAUACAGAUAUGGAACAACUCGGGCAGGAGUAAAUGAUGACAGAAUUUUCAUUUUUGGGCGAACUAUUCCUUUGAGGUCGGUGUCAAAAUAUGCAGAUAUAGUUUUAAUGUCAACACUGUGAUGUAUCUUUGUUAAAUUCUCGCUUCUGCUUGUACUAUCCAUAUUUGCAACGGGUCCGUUCUUGAGUAUAUAAUUGUACCUGUUUAAAUUUGUUUUGAAGAAAGGCUUCUUGACACAAUUAGACUCUGUACUGAAGAAGGAAAAGUUUUUAAAUUAUUUUAUUUUUGCUUUCCAAGGUAUCAAAUGAUUACAUUUUAUUGUUCAUAACAUUUAUGUUCAUUUUGUUGCGCUCAUGUUUUUGCCAAGCGGUUGAUGUCCUUAGGGCAACAUCUUGACCCUGGGACAACAUUUAAAUUAACGAAUCAGAUUUCAGAAAUCAAUUCUCAGUUUAUUAUAAAUUUAAUCUUCCAACCAGGAUUAGGUGCUCCUAGACCAGGUCUAUUCAAUUGGCGGCCCGCGGCCCGAACCCGGUCCUCGAUGAUAUCUGUUCCGGCCCUUCAAGCAUAGUGUGAAAAAGAAUCUCUAGAAUAAAUUAGUUCAGUCGGGAACUGCUUUGGCAUCUUAACAACAACAUUAUCUUAUGCACCGAUGUUGUUGUUGUGCAGUUUAAAAUACAAAAUCAGCAUGUUUAAAUGUAGGUGUCUUAUAGGGCAAUAAUGUAAAAAGACAACAUACUGGCUCCCAUGUUAGGGCCUUUGAUUGAAUCGCGGAAUCCAGGCAAAUUGUGCAUUUACUUUAGAAAUAUUCAAAUGGUGUUUAAAUAUGUAAUCUGCAAUUGUUUUGCGUGUGCUGGUGGAGCCUUUCAGAGAACACGCGCACAAUUAUGCUACUGUUCCUGUUUCAUGUGAGAAUUAAAAAAGCAACUGUCAAACACCCUUUGCGGCGACCCGUCAAAAUAAAGGUCCGGUUUACCACAACAUCCCUCUUGAUUUUUACUAGGUAUAUUAUUUACUUUGUGCUUUAGUAGACUAAAUCAAAUGUGCUAGUUACAUUAUAAAAAUAACUUUUUAAAAAUUAGAACUUUUUUUACUUAUAUUUAAGUAGAUUUAAAAACAACUAUUUAAUUUUUAUUUUUCCCUGUAUGGUUCAACGUAUCUACUGAUAAGUGAAUACUUUAGUAUACUGAACUAUUAUAUUAUGUGGGCAAAUAUAGUACUUUUGAUUGGGGAAGGACGCAAAACAGAGAAUUCAGAAAAAUUAAAACAUAAUUUAUUUCUCAUUGUUGUUAUUAUCCCUUAUAUUGCAACCCAUAUCCCUCCAGCCCCUCGUUUGGGAUGCUUUUCAUGAAUCGGCCCCCAUGACAAACUAAUUGAAUAGCCCUGUUUUAGACAGGGCUCUGAUUUUCCCUCUGAUUUUAGUGGUAAGUUAUGGUUAGUGUUAGGGUUUUGUGUGGGUUUAGGUUUUAUUUACAAAAUGUGUUGCUCUGAGGACAUCAACCAUUUGGCAAAAUCAGGUCGAGCCCAUUUUGUUGAUUUAGCACUUUAUUUCAUUUUCUAAUUUAAUGUUUUUCAAAAGAAGAGGCAUGUUCAAAAGUCCAUUUGUUUUUUUAAAUAAAAAUGUGAAACUUUUGAA